GAUAGCAGAGGUACUUAGGGAAGAGAUAUGACCGACCCAGCUCCAUUAAUUUUGCGCUCAUCAUCCUCCUCCUCCUCAGUAGUAGCAGCAGAAGCCAGUCUGCCCAGUAGCGGUACCAGAACCUCAACCUUGGAUGACACCAUCGAGCGUUGCAUUGGCGACUACUUUGGAUGGACACAGUUUCUCCGUGCCAUCCUAAUAUCUUUGGCCUGGGCAUUCGACGCCCAGCAAACUUUCAUCACAGUCUUCACUGAUGUCGACCCAACUUGGCACUGUACUCGUAAUAACACUACUAAUAUCUGCAGCAGCAGCUCCCAAGUGUGCCUUCUCCCUGACGAAGCAUGGUCAUGGGAUCUGCCUCCCUACACCUCCACCAUUUCGGAGUGGUCCCUCCAGUGUGCUGGUUCCUUCCUCGCUGGCCUACCCGCCUCAUCCUUCUUCGCCGGCUGUCUCGCCGGUGGCUUCGUCCUCGCCACGCUAGCCGACUCCUACCUGGGUAGAAAGAAGUUGCUCGUCCUGUCUUGCCUGCUCAUGUCCAUCUCCGGCCUCCUCACCGCCCUAGUCUCCACUAACGUAUGGAUCUACACGGCCUUGAGGUUUCUGUGCGGCUUUGGCAGGGCCUCCGUGGGGACGUGCGCGCUGGUUCUGGCGACAGAGAUGGUGGGCAAGAGGUGGAGGGCCCACGUUGGGAUGAUAGGCUUCUUGUUUUUCACGUUGGGGUUUCUGUCAUUACCCCUGAUGGCUUACCUGAAUAGAGGGUCUUCCUGGCGAGUCCUGUACUUCUGGAGCUGCGCCCCAACCGUUUUGUACUCCAUACUAGUCCAUUUGUUCGCAUACGAGUCUCCCAGAUGGCUAUACGUCCGAGGCCGCAAACAGGAAUUCCUGAGUACCCUCAAAAGCAUCGCCACAGUACCCACACCUCAACUACUCGAUAUAACUAGCAGCUGCUUCUCAAAUAACACCAAUAGUAGUAGUGGCACCACAGGAUGCGAGCUCGAUAUUGAUGAUGCAACCAGAAAUGCUGCUAAUUUCUGGAAUUCCUCCAGCUACUAUGCCUUAUGGGAGAAGCCGUGGGCAUUUCGAAGACUUGCGGCGGUGAUGGCCAUCGGUUUUGGGACCGGCAUGGUGUACUACGGUAUGCCCCUGGGACUUGGGAAUUUGUCCUUUAAUCUCUACUUGAGCGUGACGCUGAAUGCACUCUCUGAGUUUCCGGCUGCUUUCAUGACUUUCUUUCUCAUUGCGACACUCAACAGAAAAGGUCUGGUUCUGGGACUUUCUGUAGCGAGUGGUGUUUGCAGCUGCCUAAUAAUCGUUGUUGAGCAGGUAAUCAACAGUAACAGCUACUACUACUGGUGGAGGAAUGCCCUGCAGAUGGUUUUGGAGCUGGCUUCAUUUUUCAGCGCCUGCACUGGUUUUAACGUCCUCAUGAUUUUCACUUUAGAGUUGUUCCCGACCUCCGUCAGGAACUCCGCAUUGUCAAUGGUGAGGCAGGCUGUGGUGUUUGGUGGGCUGUUCAGUCCGCUGCUGGUGGCUGCUGGAAGAAAUGGAUUACUUUCAUACGGGGUGUUCGGGGUGACCAUAGCAGUGAGUGGACUGUUCGUCGGAUGCCUUCCGGAGACUAGGGGUGCCGCGCUCUGUGAUACACUGGACGAACAAGAGCACAAGGAGACCCUGGCAUUUUCUGCUAAAAUUACCCAAGAUUUCGCCUAGUUAUUCAUCCGUACCAAUCAGUCAGGUUCUUAACUUUCUUAUUAGCAGCCAAUUUAAUAAAUGAUCACAAGGUUCAGAAAUUAUUUGAGUUGGUUGCAUCUUGUUGCUGGACAGUACUGUCUAGUUACCAAAAGCAUUGUAUUUUUAUUUUUAUUUUUUUUUUAGAGAACCACAAGUAUUAUAUUCGAUUGAAUCAGCUUAAUUGUGAUCAUUA